UUGAAAAGAACUACUUUUGGUAGAGUAAUGAACAUUUUAAUAAUAAUAAAAAAAACAUUUUACACUAAAAGCCUCAAGUAAAAUUAAUAUUAAAUGUUCCUGAUGGAAUAACCAAUGACGAAAGAAGCUAAUAAAGAAGCUUAUUUUUAAGAGUGUGUGUAUUGGCUUUAUUUGAUUUAACUAUGAUUCGAUAUAUUACAAACGAUCAAUAAAUUCAUCAGUAAAAUAUUUUGAUUUCUUCAUGUACCACUGAACUGCAAGAGUGCUCGUGUGGUGUUAUCGCGAUACUCUCCGAUGAGAUCACAUGAUGACGUCGCACAGAAUACUGGGAAACAAACACUGGCAUGAAUAACGCUUGGCGUAAACAUCCCUCACCGAUGUGGACAAGAGCUCGCGGUGCGCAUGUAAACAAACCCGUCCAGCAAAGACACCGACCGUCAAUCCGACACUUUCACAGUCGUCGUCCUCCGGGCCAAGAGAUGUGACACUCUGAGGCGGACGAGCAGCGGGACUUUGGACUGGAGCCUGGAUGGGAGCACUGCAGUGAGCUCGGGAAAGUUGAGCGUGUGUGUGUGAGUGUGUGUGAUUUAUCCGCCGGUGACAGGAGCGAUCUGAACACGCCUGAAGGGAUUUCACUCGUCAGAUGUUGGGAAGGAGAGCAUGGCGUUGAGAAGUGAAGCACAGCCGACACGCUUGCAUCUCAAGUCCUUGAAGUGGCACGACUCCACAUCGGUUUUUCCCAGAUAAACUAGUAAACUGUAAAUCUGUUUGGGACUAUUCAGGGUUGCUACGUGUGAAAUCGAGGGUCAGCGCUUUGGACUGGACGUCCGAUUGAUCAGUCGGGUGAAAUCAUAUGAAGAAGGGGUGAAUAUGUGGAGCUCGGGGCCAGUGCAGGGUGUGCUGAAAGCCCUGAAGCACGCCGCGGGGAAGGGGCACAUCCAGCUGAGCCGCUGGCUCCAGAGGACCCCGGACUCGCUUGACUGCGACAAGAUCGACAUCUUGAUCUGUAACGUGUUUGACGAGAGAGCGAACGGAGGCAAAACAGAUGCGGACCCCGCGGGCUUGACCGAGCCCGCCUCGUCCUUCACCCCCGAAUUCAGACACCCGUGUUGCAUUACCACCUGUUGCUUUAAAAGUGCCCUGCUGGCAUGCGUCCUGACCGCCGUGUGCUUCUCGUCAGUGGCUCUAGUGCGCCAGUACCUGAAGGAUGUGCUGCUGUGGGUGGAGAGUUUGGACAGUCUCGUGGGGGCCAUGCUCUUCAUUGUGGGCUUGAUCACCGUCUCUUUCCCCUGCGGAUGGGGGUAUAUUGUGCUCAACGUGGCCGCGGGAUAUUUAUAUGGGUUUGUGUUGGGCAUGGGACUGGUGAUGGUCGGAGUUCUGAUCGGGACUUUUAUUGCACAUGUGGUGUGCAAGCGGUUGCUGACGAACUGGGUUUUGAGUAAGAUAGGGAGCAGUGAGCAGCUGAGUGCUGUUAUCCGGGUGGUGGAGGGUGGAAGUGGACUCAAAGUUGUGGCCUUGGCGAGACUCACGCCGAUCCCUUUCGGUCUGCAGAACGCGGUCUUCUCGAUCACAGACGUGUCCUUGCCAAAUUAUUUAGUGGCUUCCUCCGUGGGACUUCUCCCAACACAACUCCUUAACUCCUAUCUGGGCACCACUCUGCGUACAAUGGAGGAUGUGAUCGCAGAACAGAGCAUCAGCGGAUACUUCGUGUUUAGUCUACAGAUCUUCAUCAGCAUCGGCCUGAUGUUUUACGUUGUACAUCGAGCACAAGUAGAACUGAACGCUGCCAUUGCCGCCUGCCAGAUGGAGAUGAAGACGUCAUACAUGAACGGCAGUGCGGCGAACCACGGCGGAUCCACAUACUGCAGCAAACGGACUGCGGCUACAGGAGGAGGAAUCAACGUGGUCUGAUCGACGCUUUUCUUGUUGAUGAACAGAUUUCAGCGCUUCCUCCAGUUGCUCUUGAUUGACUGGAGAAGAUCAGCAUCAGGGAGUUUUUUUUUUGUUGUUGUUUUGGAAAUGUUCUGGUCUUUUUGAGGGCCGGCAAUGAACUGUUAGAGCCGAAGAGAUGAGGAAGUGGAAACGUUGCCCAAAUAUUGGGAUCCCGGGCCAGUAUUAUCGGAGAAGUUGACGUUGAGAUUUUUUUGCAGUACAUUUAAUGUAUUUUUUUCUUUUUAAAGAUCUUUUUUAUGAUACUAAUAUAAAUUAAAUAACUUUAUAGAAGGUCUAAAGCAUGAAAUGGAUAAUUUAAAUAAUUCCAGAGAAUGUUCUAGAGAUGUAGUUAGAUAUUACAGAGGGCCCAACUAAUAUAUCAGGUUAGUAUGCUUCAGAUGUUUGCUUUUUUGUUUGUUUUAUAUCUCUAUAUCUCUAUCUUUACACUUAUUUGGAUAAAAUGAAGAAUUAGUUUUAAUUUCCUUUGAUACUUUUUUUUUUUAAGUAUUGCUUAAUAGGUUGUGUGUGUGCGUGUGCACGUGCGUGCGUGCGUGUAUAGUAAAAAAUAUAUAUAUAUUAUCAGUUAGCACCACCUGGAUAAUAUUGUGGCUUUUGCCAAAACUGGGAACACUUUUGCUACUCGGCAGUUUUGUAACAGAUGGGAAGGGAGGAAAUUUUCUUAGCUGGAUAUUUAAGGAUGUCCUGCCAAGAGGCUUUAGUACAGCGUGAUUAGCUCAGCGGUGUAAAUCGUACGUGUUCGAUUUCUCAUUCUCAUAUUGAGAGGACUGAAAUUCUCUGCCUUCUUUCUCGUAUGAUUUAACCAAAUGCUUUAUUAUAGGGCUGUUAGCAUUUUCACUUUUGUUGUUGUUGUUAAUUUAUUCAUUGUUAGAAUCUCAAUUCAGAACAUUUGCACAAAUGAGUUUAAGCUGAAUAUGUAUGAUCGGAUUUCGAAAUGUUGAAAAGUGGAGAGAGGGUAACAUACGGCUGUCGAAAAAAAAGGAGAUCACUUGAACAUGGAAAACCCAAGUUUCUCUGGAUUUAUUGUGUGUUGGUAAUAUUUGUUUUAUUCUACAAACAUCUGCUAACAUUUGAUCCUAAUCUCAAGUAAAGGUCUUGUCAUUUUUAAA